GCGAGAGUGAAAGUCGCACGCAGCUUUUACAUUCCCAAAAAGAAAGCGAACAAAAUGCGGCUGCUUCCUCUGCAACAGCGACGAAGUUAUUCAAGAGUUUUAGCCGCCGGUUAUCGAGGCUGAACUGUGGAAAGUUUUUGAAGCGGUUGCCCAGGGCUAAAGCCUGCACUAGAUUGUGGAUGUGUUGAGAACUUCCUCAGGGCGAGCGAGUCGCCAUCUGAUGGCGAAGCUCAGGGUCACUUAUAAGUAUUCCGAGGCCGAGGAUAAAAGCAUUAGGCUCGGCUUCUUCCUCAUAGUCUCCGGCAUCGUCUCCUUAUUCAUCCUUGGCUUUUGCUGGUUAAACCCCACGCUGAACAACAUGCGGUGUAAGGCUGCUAACUGCACGGUGCUGUCGCUGCGGCAAAUCGCUGAGAUGUCUGAGUGCACUUUCACAUGUGGGGCGGAUUGCAAAGGCACGUCGCUCUAUCCCUGUCUCCAGAUCUUCGUAAACAAUUCCCAAACUAACAGCAUAGCGCUGCUCCAUUAUGACGAACAACAACUCAUUCGAAACCCUAAGUGUUCCUACAUUCCUCCUUGUGAAAGAGACAAUCAGAAAAACUCAGAGAAUGUUAUGCGUUGGCAUGACUAUUGGAAGGAAGAAAUAGGCUCACAGACUUUUAUGUGCUAUAUAAAUCAGCAACGAAGACCUGAUGAUGCGCUUUUGAAGCGUGCCCAUGAUGAAAAUGUUCUUUUGCACUGUGUACUCUGGCCUCUCCUUACUCUCCUGGUGGGUGUCCUGAUUGUGCUUUUGACCAUUUGUGGUAAGAGUCUUGCUGUUCGGGCAGAAGCACUGCAGAAAAUGAAGUACUCCUAGUGAGAAGACGGAUAAGAAGUGGCAAUCAGUCAGCAUUCUUGCAAGCAAAUAAUCAACAGUGCAUUCAAAGGCAAAUCCUUGAUGACAAAGACCUGAAAUCAUUUUAUGCAAGUGUAGACUUACAAAGUUUAGAAUGAUUUAAGCUGCUAGGAGGACUGAAGGCUUGUUGAUUGAUUAUAAAUGCUUGAAAUUUGGCAUGAAGAUUCCAUUACAUUAUUGCUGAGAGAGAAAAUAAUGCAGCAGAUGUAAUGUAUCUUAACUGUUUCCCUUUGAUUCAUUUUUAAUUCAGUCAUCCUCGUUUCUGGAAUAUAUUGCGAGUUAACAGCAGCCCAACCUUUUUGUUAACCUGAGUUAAAAGAAAGCACCUAGAACCCUUGCUAUUCAUAACUAUUUUUUAAAGAUAAUCUGUACUUUGUAAUGAGGUAAAAAUGAAAUUGUUAAUGAAUGGUUUUAAGAAUAAAGUCUUCUGCGAAUACUGAAUGUUUUGUCCAAUCACCUUUUAGGGAGUAAUGUAGGAACUUCCUUUAUUUGCCCUGCAUUGCUCAAAACACCAGGACCUGUGGAUCUACCUCAUAGAUUGAUACAGUUCUAAAGGAAGCCUUUUGAGCCAUUGUGACUGUGUUGGGUUUUGAAAGAGAUAACUAAUGAAUCCUACUCCCCUGAGCUUUUCCAAAGCAAGUGUUUGCCCUUAUAUGUUCAUCCAUUUCCCUUUACAAUAUUAUAUUGAACCUGUUUCCAACACUCAUUCUGAUGGCGAGUUCAGAUCAUCAUUACUUCCUGAAUACAUAUUUUGCCUCAUGCAGCAUUUAAUUCUUUUACCAAUUAUCUUACAUCCACUUGUAGCUGCAAGAAGUGCCUAAAUUGAGGAUUCAGUCGUUAUUUUUGUGUUUCAAAGAACUUACAGGUGUGAUGAUUAUGUUUUACAUAAAAGGUGAUAAUUGCUACUUGAAAAUCUCUGACAAGCCAUUGGGGUGAAAGGGUAACAUGGAUUUACAUAAGUAGUAAGGGAAAAAUAACUCAUUUGCAACAUCUGACUAGGUUGUGUUAUAAUGUCAUAUGUUGAGUGCUGUAGAAACCUUAGUUCCUAUUUGAUUCCUGGCUGGGGCUAAUCAAUGCUCACUGAAAACUCAACAGAUAUGAAUGAGAACCAAAUGCCAAAGCUAGCUAUUUUUCUCAAAGGGUCAUUAUAAAUCCUCAUAAGUUGUGAGUAAAACUUUUUUUUUAAGAAACCAAAUCAUUUGGAUUUUGAUUGUGAAGUUAUAAGUGUUACAAAAGGAAAGAAGUAGAAUUCAAACCUUGUAUCCAAUAUUUUAACAUGUUCCAAGUAAGAAUGUUCUUUCAAGGAAAAAAUCCAGUGUUUAAAACUUUUAAGUUUAAAAGAUAAAAGCAGGUAAACUACUAAGAAGGAAAAAUAACUGUAAAGUACCUUUUUGAGAUGAUGAAAGAAAUUGUUCAGGAAUUCUUCCAGUUUUGUUAACUAGCUCAUGUUCUGCAAGUUUGAUGUAUUUUAUGCUAAAAUUUGAAGUUUAACUGUUUACUUUCUGUACAAAUUCAUUUAAGCAUAAACAUGUAAAUGCACACUGAUGUACAAUUUGCAUGUUAAUAUCAUUUUUAGAAUUUGGAUUUAAAAAUUGAAGUAGAUGGGUGCUGGUUACUUCUGAGGAUUUUCUUUUUAGGAAGAACAAAUUCAGAGAGUCCUUCCAGAUUAAAUCCAGCAUUUGCCUGAAAACACAGGUGACAUCAGACCCCUGUUAUGUUUAUGACAUGUUGAGUAAAGAUGUAAGGCAAUUAGCUUUGUUUACCAUUUAGAAGAAUCUAGGAUUGAGUAAGGCUUUAAUUCAGUUUCAAAGACACUACAGUUGAGUUCAAAAGCAAGUUUAAUUUCUCUCCAAGGAGGAGUUUGGGGUAGUUCAGAGAUCAGGUCACUCUCAGCUGUUUAUUACAAUGACUGGACCAUCAAUAUGGGUAUGAAUUUUGCUAAGAGUUUUCUGGGAGUAGAAUACAUAACAGUUGAUUAUUUUAAAUCUUUCAUUGAGGAUAAGCAGAAGCGUUUAAUUUAUGAAACUUCCAAACGAGGAAAGUUUGGUCAGAAAUCUGCAGGUUAUGAGAACUGCAAAAUUAUAGACUCUUAGAUUUUUAAAAUCUUCAUAUCAGAAGACUUCAAAGAACUAAUUGAAUUCCUUCCACAGACCAUAGUAAAGAAACUGUCAGGAGCCAGUUAAGAAAAGCCCUAAAGAGUUGAACAAGGGGUGUACUUUCUCUGGUCUUGAGUCUCUAUAAUGGAUAGUGUCAGGAAACAGAUUGACAUUUUGUUUUGUAUGUUUUAAAAUCAUUCUGAACUGUCUUCCAUGUUUGAAUAGAUUAAUUUGUUUCUUUUAUU